AUGUCUCAAACCCCAAAAACAAAGGACUCACAAACAAAAACCGUCAAGUCUGAGACUAGGCUCACUUUUGGUGUUGAGAUCGAAUAUCUCUUGGCAACAGUUCCCCCUGUCAUCCCUGAUCCUCAUCCAGAUGAUCCUCGUGAGAAGGAUGGAAAGAAACUCGAAUCGAUAGACGAAACUAAUGUAGACAUCUCCAAAACUUUAAAGGCAGCUGGUGUCCCUGUAUCAAUUCUUUGGGAGGAACUUCGAGAUGGCAACACAUCAGAUGAGGAUCUUCUUGCCAAAUGGAUAUUGCAAUAUGAUAUCAGCGUUUUACCUAUAAAUAAGAAAGUCCACCAUAAUUACCAAGAGCUUGGCAUGGAAAUCUCAUCUCCGCCAUACUACUACGACGAAGCUUCAAGAGAAGCCAUUCGAACGGUUGUUAAAGUUCUGAGAAAUAAUUAUCUGGUCCGCUCUGAUCCAAGUACAGGUUUACAUGUUCACGUAGGUAAUGAGCAUGAUGGAUUCAUGUUCCCUGUUCUCCGCAACCUCGUCGCAAUCCUAUAUACCUACGAACGACAAAUCCGACUACUUCUCCCCGCCGACCGUGUGCAAACUAAUCAGCGAAGAUGGUGUCUCCCUUUAAGCUCAAGCAGAUUCUGCGGGCAAUAUCCAGAGCUCUCUCGUCGAGAGGUCCUGGAUCAUAUCCUGGAGCAUCAGAACUAUGAUGGACUUAUCGUAGACAUGAGCUCGGCCAUCGGCGUCGAACGUCUCGGUUUUAAUUUAUUGAACUUGAGGCUUCCGUAUGCGGACAACCGUACCAUUGAAUUUCGUCUUCAGCAGGGGAUGCUGGAUCCCGAUGCUAUACUUCAUUGGGUACAUGUCUGUGUGAAACUUGUUGAAAAAGCAUGCCUUGUCAAAAAUCAAGAUGAGUUUGUAGAGCAGUUGAGGAGAGAUGUGGAGAAGCCGAUUGGGUUUGGCGAGGGAUUGCAGUAUGAUUGA